CGAUGUUAGCCCUAGUUUAGGGCUAGGCGUAAAUCGGUGAACAUGACGCGGUGAACAUGACGUCAACAGCGAGAAGUAGCUCCCCACACCGCGUUCACUCAAAAGGCGGGAUGGGGCCAAGCGUUGUCGCCGCAAAUCAGCUCUUUCUCAACGACUACACAACGAGCAACAAUGCUUUCUCGACGUAUACUUUACCUCCCACAUACGCGUCGCAUCGCCGCCCGCGCUACCGCAGUGCGCUUUUACAACCCUGAUCAGAAAGGCGACACCUUCGACCAGGCGCACCACGCCGGUCGCGACGCGAAGGAUCCAAGGAAGUCGUCACCCCUCGACGCUGCCAACGUUGGGAAAGGCAAGAAAGCGCCGCACAAUUUGACGGGUAACAAGGAGGGGCUGGGCUUUGCGGAGCAGGUGGGCUCCCAGAGCGCAACGGGAAGUAAUGAACAGAUAUUCGGGAACACUAUGAGGAAGCCAGAGAGCGUGGAGGGAUAUUCUGGGCAGGAGAACAUUACGCCGCCAUCCUUCGCUGACGCGGUGAAGAGUAAACUCGGAUUUAAGACUACGGCAGGAGAGGACAAGCAGAACCGUGGCGGCGGAGUCGGUGUAACCGGCACUGGUCAAGCUACGGUAGACAGGGGCAAGCGGAUGUUCCAUACCUCUGCAGUCUCGUGGGCGCCGGACGAGACCAAGGGCCAGGCUCCAGAGGCAAGUCGGCAGCCCAAGGACAGCACCUACUCGGACCAAAACGCCCACUUGAAGCACAAAGGAUCGCCAUCUGAGUCUGAUCACGGCAAGGGGAACGCUGCCAGGGAACCUAAGCUUCCGUCGCAGCACGUACGUCCUCUCUUUUACCGUACCGACGCAUCGUGGAAGCAUCAUUCUUCUAGUAAGCAACCAUUAGCCCGAGGUUUCUCGACCUCUGCAUGCGCAUCCACGAAGCACACUGCGGACUCGUACUUCAAGGACGUCGAUGGCACGGACCCUACGAACCCGAAAGUCCACCAAGUCGACCCUUCGAACGGCGGCGCACCCGUUGCGAGGGCCAACGAGCAACCAGCCACAGGAAACUUCUCCCGCUCGGGCCCAGACAGCCCAGAAUACGACACUGUCAGCAAGCACGACCAGCCGUACGAGACUCCUCCCACCAAGGGUACAGCUAAGGACCAGAAGUUGAGGUAUGGCGCAGAGCCUGGUGUCAUGAAAGAGGAGCCGAGCAAGCACGAUGAAGGCCCUGCGGGCAAGGAUGCUGGCGGGCGCAAGCCUGAGGGCCAGUCUUAAGUCGAAUGGACCGUGAGAUCGACAGGCGCAGAUACCAUAGCCAUAUUGUAAUAUAACGUCGACAGAGCAGCUGUAACCUGUGAUUUCGUUGACCUGUGAGAGCGGAAGAAA